AUGGGCGGCAAGGACCUGACGGAGGACCAGAUCGCCUCGAUGCGGGAGGCCUUCUCGCUGUUCGACACGGACGGGGACGGCAAAAUCGCGCCGUCGGAGCUGGGCGUCCUCAUGCGCUCCCUCGGCGGGAACCCCACGCAGGCGCAGCUCCGGGACAUCGCCGCGCAGGAGAAGCUCACGGCGCCCUUCGACCUCCCGCGCUUCCUCGAGCUCAUGCGCGCCCACCUCAAGCCCGAGCCCUUCGACCGCCCGCUCCGCGACGCCUUCCGCGUCCUCGACAAGGACGGCUCCGGCACCGUCUCCGUCGCCGACCUCCGCCACGUCCUCACCUCCAUCGGCGAGAAGCUCGAGGCGCACGAGUUCGACGAGUGGAUCCGCGAGGUCGACGUCGCGCCCGACGGCACCAUCCGCUACGACGACUUCAUCCGCCGCAUCGUCGCCAAAUGA